UUUACGGACUUCUUGAUAAAAAAGAAGCAUCAGAACAAGGCAAGGCAAGCUAUCCUUGGGGACUUCUCCAUCUAGCUAGCAAUGGGCUUCAAACACCAGACUCAUAAAACUACAUCAUCUUCUAAUUCCUUUUCUGUUAGAUUUUCAACCAUUCUUAUUCUAACCCUUUUCUUCACCUCAUUUUACCUGUUCAUUUCUCCACUUAGACAUGUAAAUCAAGAACCCACAAUUUUUCCAGGGAAAACUACUUCAUUUAGUGGUGAUCUUAGAGAUGCUAAAUUUCCAUGGAAUAAGCUUAGUUUUGGACCGACAUUUGAGAAGCUAAAACUUGCAGUUUUCUCCAAGACAUGGCCAAUUGGUGCAGCCCCUGGGGGUAUGGAACGCCAUGCUUCUACUCUGUACCAUGCUCUUGCUGCUAGAGGUCAUGAAAUCCAUGUAUUUACUGUUCCAUCAGAUAGGAAGCCUCAUGUCGAUGUUCAUGUAGGCAAUCUUCAUGUGUAUUUUGCUGCCAAUGAUCAUGGCUCUGUCAACUGCUCUCUGGCAUUCGAGAUAUUCAAUAAGGUAAAUUCUAAUGGUGCUUUUGAUUAUGUGCAUACUGAGAGUGUUUCGUUGCCUCACUGGAGAGCAAAGAUGGUGCCUAAUUUAGCAGUAACAUGGCAUGGAAUUUGGUACGAAAUUAUGCAUUCCAAGUUAUUUGAAGAGCUAUUUUCAAAUCCAAAUGGUUUUCUACCAGGCCCCAUGACGGAGCUUCAAGAAUCCAUGCCUAGGCUUCUCGAUGAAAUCAGAUUCUUCUCGAGCUAUAAGCAACAUAUAUGCAUAAGCAACAGCGCAGGGGAGGUGUUAGUAAACAUCUAUCAGCUACCCCAGAGGAAUGUUCAUGUUAUACUAAAUGGGGUAGACAACACAAAAUUUGUUCACAACCCAGAAGCGGGAACGAGAUUCAGAAGAAGAUAUGGUAUCCUCGACGAUGUAAGUCUGGUGAUGGGAAUUGCAGGGAGAUUGGUUAGGGACAAGGGGCAUCCACUACUCUAUGAGGCCUUCUCGAUGAUCCUGAAACGCCAUCCCAAUGUAUGCUUGCUUGUUGCAGGGUCAGGUCCUUGGGGAAGAAGGUAUGCUGAAUUAGGCCCUAAUGUCAAAGUCUUAGGUGCACUGGAAUCAUCACAACUCUCAGAAUUCUACAAUGCAAUCGACGUGUUUGUUAACCCAACAUUAAGACCUCAGGGACUAGAUCUUACAUUGAUUGAAGCAAUGCAUUGCGGGAAGCCAGUUCUGGCCCCAAAUUAUCCAAGUAUAGUUGGGACAGUGGUAGUGGAUGAAAAUUUUGGAUAUACAUUUUCACCUAAUGUGAAGUCAUUAGUUGAGGCACUAGAGCUGGUAAUAAGAGAUGGCCCAGUAUUAUUGCAGAAGAAAGGUAUGGCUUGCAAGGAAUAUGCACUUUCUAUGUUUACUGCUACCAAAAUGGCAGCUGCCUACGAGAGGUUCUUCCUCUGCAUGAAGACUAGCAGAUAUUGUCAAUAUCCUUUUCCAACAGAUUGAUUAAAGAUGAUAUCAAAUUUUGCUUGAAAAUUGUAAUGGACAAACUGAUGUGAUGUUGAAUUUUA